AUGGAUUCAAACAAUCCGUAUGGGGGUUCACCUGGGUACUUUAGCUUAAACAAUUUCCCUUAUGACAACUUCUCCCAAAAUGUCAACUUUGGCCCUACUGCUCCCACCCAAUUCGCAACCAACCAUCUCAAGGAAGCCAAAACCCUUCUCGUAGCCAAAACCCUUCUCAAGCCACCCCAAAUGCUAAUAGGGAGAGAAGAACGAAGACUGCCUGAUCAUUGCAAGCAGAUAUGGGGAAGAAUAAGGAAAGAGGUUAGCCACUUCUGUGGAGCUUAUGGUACUGCUGAGGCUGAAAAAGCAAGUGGCAUGAAUGAUGUAGACGUUCUCAAGAAUGCUCAUACAAUCUACAUGUCACUUUACAAGAAGAAGUUUGGUCUCGAGCAUGCAUGGGUGGAGUUGAGACAGGAACAGAAAUGGUGUAGUCUAGGUGUUAUGAACCCUACUAGCAACACAUCAAGCAAGAGAAGGAGAGGUGAGGAUGCUCCAGCAUCUUGUGGUUCGAUUGCAAAUGAAACAGAGAGCAUGCUCGAAGGAGUUAAGGCUAUGAAAGGUAAAAGGUUUAGGGGAAAAGAUAAAGCACCACCUGCCAAAGACUAUCCUCAGUUGUGGGAGAACAAAGAGAAGGAUACCGAGACCAAGUUAAAACUCCAAAAGCUGGCAAUUCUUGACACUCUAAUUGCCAAGACCCAGCCAUUGGAUGAAGAUGAACUUGCUCUGAAGAAAAAGCUCAUGGCAGAGCUUUUCUAA